UGAGUGAGACAGAACUUUCUUCACAAGAGACGGCAGACUGGAGGAGAAAGCAGCAGCAGCAGCAGCUUCAAGAGAAAAUGGCAGGGGGUCAGAGCUGCAGUGUUCUUGUGACAGGAUGCAACCGAGGCAUUGGACUGGAGCUUGUGAAGUGUUUCCUUAAGAAACCAAACCCACCCAAAGUGGUGUUCGCAACCUGCCGUGACCCAGAAGGGGCCAGAGCAAAGGACUUGAAGAUUCUGGCAUCCAAGCAUCCCAAUCUGGCCAUUCUGCAACUGGAAACCACUGAUGAAGAGAGCGUCAAGGCAGCUGCCAAGAAAGCCGAGGCCUGCCUCGGGGGCUCUGGCCUGAACUUGCUGAUCAACAAUGCUGGCGUCAUGCCACCCUGUACUCUGCAGUCAGCAACAGCUAAAGACAUGUUGGAAGUCUACAACACAAACCUUGUUGGUCCAAUGUUAGUAACCAAGGCAUUCUUGCCCUUACUAAAGAAGGCUGCCUGUGCAUCCCAGCAGAAAGACAUGAGCUGUGGGAAAGCUGCAGUCAUUAACAUGUCUACCAUCUUAGCAUCCAUUGAGAAGACUCCAGAACUAUAUUUCUUCAUGCCAGUUGUCUCCUAUCGCUGCAGCAAGGCUGCCCUUAACAUGCUCACCAAGUGCCAGUCAAUGGGCUACAAAGAGGAUGGGAUCCUGUGCGCUGCACUUCAUCCUGGCUGGGUGAAAACAGAGCUGGGAAGUGAGCAGGCUGACCUGACAGUUGAGGAGAGUGUGAGUGGCAUUAUGAACGUGCUUUGCAACCUCUCUGAGAAGCAUCAUGGAAGCCUGGUGACUUGGGAAGGAAAUACUUUGCCGUGGUGAGAACCCAGUGUCCGAGGAAGGGGCCAA